AUGGGAAGCGGAAUAAGUGCGACUACUGUUUCGGUUCUAGCAGAAGGUGAACCAGAUUCCCCAUUCUCAAUCCGUAGGUGCCCAGGAUAUGCUAAAGGAAUAUACAAGAAUCCACCAGAAUUUCAGACCAUGCAAGAUUUAGAACUUCAUUCGUUCAAAAACUAUCCAGAUAGCCCAUCACUCGGUUACCGCAAGAAGGUUGAUGGCAAAUUCGAGCGCGAAUUCGUCUUCAAAACUUUCAAAGAAUGUGAAGAAAUCGCGCGUGCCAUUGGCUCAGCUUUCUACCACAUAGGCUUGAAGGACAAGGAAUUCUUCGGCGUUUACUCAGAAAACAGAAUGGAAUGGGGCCACUGUAUCGAUGUUUCCGCUUUAUUCGGUUUCUGCCUUGUUUCUCUUUACGACUCUUUUGGCCUUGAGAACCUUAGCUUCAUCAUUGGCCACUCAAAGGUCCAGACAUUGAUCGUUUCUGAAGUUUGUGCUUCAAAGUUAUGCCAGAUCCUUUCUAAGGACAAACACGAACUUAAGCGCGUUAUUGUUAUUACAGAGGAUAAUGAGAACAAGGUUCUCGACGAUAUUCGUCAAUACCAACUCGAGGUUUACACAUGGAAUCAACUUCUCGAGAUUGGCAGACAACACCCAGUUGCUUCCUUACCAAAGGUUGACAAGGAAGAUCCACACUACAUCUGCUACUCAUCAGGAACGACAGGAACCCCAAAGGGCGUCAUUAUUUCCCACAGAUCUCAAACAAGCAACACACUCAACUGCUGGAAGGAGCUUGACUUCCGCCGUGACGAGCGCCACCUUUCUUACCUCCCGUUACCACACGUUUUCGAGCGUAUCGGCUAUUCCGUCACCCAUUUCGUUGGUGGUCGUAUUGGUUUCUAUUCUGGCAACAUCCGUCUUCUUACUGAGGAUAUGCAGAUCUUCAAACCAACCCAUCUUAAUGCAGUUCCUCGUGUCAUCUCCAGAAUCAACGAUGUGGUCAUGAAGAAGCUGGCCAAUAGCUCCAGCAUCACACGUGGCUUCUUCUGGGCUUCAUGGUACUGGAAGAGAUUCUGGGUUACUCACGGUUACGAGACACCAUUAUCCGAUCGUCUUGUUUUCAACAACAUCAAGAACAAUACUGGCGGCGCCAUCCGCUCCUUCAUCAUCGGUGGUGCAGCUUUGGACCCAUCCGUCCACGAGUUCAUGCAAGUUGCUCUUGACACUCCAAUGCGUGUCGGUUACGGCCUUUCAGAGAUCGGCGCUGGCAACAUCUGCAACCCGCUCUCCGUAAUCCACUCCAGACCAGGAACUGUCGGUGGACCACUCUGCAAUUGCGAAGUCAGACUCGAGCCUCUCGAAGACUACGACGAUCCUCUUGCAGGCGAAAUCAUCAUGGGCGGUGAAUGCCUCUGCAGCGGCUACUUGUACGACCAAGAGGCCACAGACAAAUUAUUCUGCAACGCCGAACAUACAUGGUUGCACACAGGAGAUAUCGGAAAGUGGGAUCAAUACGGAUAUCUCAUGGUUGUCGACAGAAUGCGCUCAAUAUUUAAACUCUCACAAGGCGAAUACGUCGCAGCAGAUUUAAUUACCGAAAUUUACCAAUCUCUUCACAUUAUCGAUCAGAUCUUCGUUUACGGUGACAGCACUCGCAGCUUCUUGGUCGGUGUUGUCGUUCCUAACAAGGAAGAAACAGCAAUCUUCUUCGGAAAGGACAAAAUCACUGACGAAGAGUUCAUCAAACUCUGUGAAGAAAACAACAAACAGCUCCGCGCCAAGAUUCUCAAGGAUUUGGACGAUAUCGCAAACGAAAAGAAGUUGACUGGCUUCCAGAAGAUAAAGGCCAUCUGCCUUGAGCACGAUCCAUGGACAGUUACAAACGAUUUGAUGACUCCAACAUUCAAACUCAAGAGGAAGAAACUCACUGCUAAGUAUCUCAACCAGAUCGACAAACUCUACGCUGAAACUGUUAUCUAA